AUGCUUUCAGCUAUCACUGACGUGCGUGACAUUGGGACAUACGUGGCUCGGAUCAUUGCAGACCCCCGCACGUUGAAUCACAUGGUCUUUGCCUACAACGAGUUGAUCACCCAGAACCAAGUGUAUGACUUGUUGGAGAAGAUGAGCGGGGAGAAGGUCAAGAGAAACCACAUAUCGGUUGAGGCAAUCAAGGCCGGAGUCGCUCAGAUGGAGGCUUCGAACCUGGGGCCGGAGUCACCAGAGUUCUACGAACUGAUCCGCUUUCAGUACUGGCAUUCUUGGGCUAUCCGUGGAGACAACACCCCCGAGUAUGCAAAGUAUUUGGGUUACUUGAACACGAAGGAUCUUUAUCCAGAUAUUGGGUUCAUUUCGUUUCAAGACUAUGUGCAGGAGGUACUGGAUGGAAAAGGCAAGAGUGUCUACGAAAAGUCGGAGGAUUUGAAGCCACUCAAGGUCGAAUGA